AUGGCCAAGGCGUAUGACAGGAUGGAGUGGCCGUUUGUGGAACAGAUGUUGAGGAGGUUGGGGUUUGAGGAUAGGUGGGUGCAGCUGGUUAUGUUGUGCGUCCGUUCUGUGCGGUAUAAGGUUCUGGUAAAUGGUAGGCCCUUUGAGGAAAUUGUCCCCACGAGGGGUCUUAGGCAAGGGUGGCCAAGCCCAGCUAUCUCACAUUUGUUUUUUGCGGAUGAUAGCCUUCUCUUCUUUAAGGCUAAUUUGCAGGAAGCUUUGGAGGUUAAGAGGUGUCUUGGAGUAUAUGAGGCAUAUUUUGGACAGGCGGUCAAUUUUAAUAAGUCAAGUAUUUCUUUCAGCCGUAAUACAUUGGUUGAUAUGGAGGAUCUCGUUGCUGGGGCCUUGGGGGUUUCUCAGGCUGAUGAUUUUGGUAAGUAUCUGGGACUCCCUUCUGUGAUUGGCAGGAAUAAGAAGUUGGUUUUUGCGUAUAUUGAGCAAAAGUUAAAGCAAAGGUUUGGGACGUGGAACAAGCGGCUCCUGUCCAGAGCUGGUAAGGAGGUUCUAUUGAAGAGUGUGGCGCAGGCUAUGCCAACUUAUACUAUGAGCAUCUUUUUAAUCCCCAAAAUGUUGUGUGCUUCCCUUGAGAGAUUAAUGAACAGAUAUUGGUGGGGGCGGAGUGAUAGGGAUGUUAGCAUUCAUUGGUUGGCUUGGGACAGAAUGUGUACGCCUAAGAAGUUUGGUGGUCUAGGCUUUAAACGGUUACAUGAGUUUAACGUGGCUUUGCUUGCCAAGCAGGGUUGGCGCCUCCUCACGGCUCCAAAUACUCUUAUGGCUUGA